AUGAAGCAGAAGACAAAAGCACUUGUGAUUGGAUUAAUUGGUGCAGCUUUUACUUUACUUGCUUACUCACAAACCUUCGUAUCGCCAAGUACAAGCAUCACAAUUGGACUUCUUGUUCUCAUGUUGGGAUUCCUAGUAGGAGAAGGUUUCAUAUCUCUUUAA